CUCUUUCCUCCUUCCCCUUUGCUCUUUUUGCCCCACUGCCUCCUGCGGUCUAGAGGACCUGGCCAGCACUCUGCCCCUUUUCAUUUCACUGCAGAUGCUGCGCCAUCCGCCACCCAAUCGGUUCUGACCAGUAUUGGCAGUGAGGUUUCCGGUCGCCCAAAAGACUAGAUAGUCGAACCCUCAGCCGUAUCGAUGAGUUCAUGUCGACUCCGGUGAAAUACACGACUAUCGGUCGUGCUACUGGGUUGUCUUCGUCGCCCUCCCCUUGAGCCCAACUCGGGCUGAGCAUCUGUCCUAUCUCGGCCUGUCUUAUUCCUCUGACAUAAUUUGCAUGGUAGAUCUAGCAAAGUUAUCUGGAAUCUUCUAAUGAAAAGCCAUGCGAUCCUUGCGGAGUCUCAACGCAGAAUGAUCUGUGUCACGUGAUUGGUUACAUAGAUAUCACGCGCUCUCAAACUCCAAGCCUGUAAAAGAAACCCAGGGUUGCCUCUAAUCACCGGAGGCAACUCUUCUUUUGUCUCACCCCGAGACCAAGCCAUUGCUGGUUUCGACACCGAUUGGCCAGUGGAUAUCUUUGAAUACUUGUUGCAUUCAGACCCGUCAUCUCCAUCUAAGAGGCCAUCACGGUGGGAAGGUGCACCUUCUCGCAAUGGACUUCCCAGCGAUGGAGCCCUCACCCCGUCUUGCCCAACACGAUGGCAUCUUCACCUCAAACUUCUCUUCCAACGAAACUAACAUGCCCGGACUUGUUAUUUCCACCCACACCCAUACUGAUCUCCUGAAGUAUGACGGGUAUGCAAGUUUUGUUGCCUCCCUCCAAGACAACCUACAUACCGGCCGUGAAGUUCUGGAGUUUUCGGGCGUUAAUGCAAAGGAUUUCGAAUUUCUUUCGUCUGAUGACAAUAGACCCCUGAAGUCCGCCAAGUUCUCAUAUAACUUUCUGACCGAGCUCUUGACAAUCAAGAUGCCCGGAUUUGCUCAUGAGACUCUCACGGGUUUGUUCAAAGCUAUGAUUGACAAACAACUUUUCGCAAUGGGUGUCUUCGAUGAAUUAAUUCCACGUGCCUCACUCCUGACUGUUCUGGGUAACUGGGCGAAGGAACCAGAUGCCUGCUGGGCGCCUGAGUCGACAGACGAUUUGACUGUCGUUCUCGAAGUGGGGACAUCAGAAUCUGCGCCGCGGCUGGCAAUCGAUGCGAGAGGAUGGUUGGAAUCCCCCGGGACGACCGUCAAAACAUGCAUAACGAUCGAUCUUAGCCGAGAAAACAAUCUCGCCAUUGACGUUUGGCGGCUCGGCAGAAGGGUUUAUGCGGUUUCGCCUAGAAACCUUCCCUCCCCCGCCGUACGGGUGCAACAAGUUAAGAUCGUCAGUGGAGAAGCGGGGCCCGAGAUAUACGGCUGGAAGACAGAUCAAAACAUAGAUGCCAUCCCUACGGACGAGAUUCGGUUGGAUUUCGCGAUGUUUGUUGGACGGCCCGCUGCCACCGAUCUCGAACAAGAUAUUGUCAUAGACAGGAAUCUUCUGAUGGGAUUCGCCAACAGAUUCUGGCGUCAUCAAGGCCGGCGUCUGCAAGGCUGAUAGUCGACUUGUUUUUGACAAUCCUAGCUUUUAUCACAGAAGGUAUCGGAGAGUGCUUUGGGGGAUUAUUUCAGUCCUAUAAAGAAGGAGAAAGAGUCGCGUCUUGAGUGUAGUCGCGUCUGGUUCUGCAACGGGAGAGGUCACUGCUCAUUGGGAUCGCUAAAUGUUCACUCUCUAAUUUUGUAUUAGUGUUGGAAGUUUGUACUCGAGGCGUUCCAAUGGCUCUGCUUCUCUAUAUUGAUACCAUAUUAUCUGUCUCUUUAUUUUAAACUUUAGGCGAGGAAAGACAUGUUUUUAAAAGGUGUUAUGCUCUUUUCCUCCCUACAGUUUCAGUGAAUCGUAGAAUCUACUGUUCGCUUAUAUGUCUUAUCCUGACUCUUUCGCUAUCGUAUCUCUAUCUGAUCCACAGGCAUCUACAAUGACCAGUAGGAUAUCCUCUCACAUUAGCAAUAAGGGUGGAUAGUCUUAAAGGGAGAGGCUUACUGGUCCUCGUAGUCCUGAGUCUUGUCUAGCUUACUGAGUCC